GCUCCUCCUCCUCUCCCAGUGUGGAGUCUGCACUGCUCCCCUGCUCCAGGGCAGAGAUGGCACACAGACACUGUCCCGGGCUCGGGGAGCUUUCCCUUUGAAACGCUAGCCGUCCAUGAGCAGCUUCAGCUGGGAGAGAGAGAGGGAGAUCACUGGGAGUGUUUCUGAUUUUAAAUCGGUGAAGGAACUUGAAUCUGCGUCUGAGAGGAAGACUGAAGCAGCUCGUGUUCUUCACUAUAACACAAGGCACCAAUUAUCUCAUUGGGAGCAGUAGACUUUAGAGCAUUUGACAACAGAGAAUCAUGUGAAAACAUUAUCCUGACCUGGACAAGUUGCCCGACCUGCAACUGGGUGUCAGCGCUUCUCUGUGCAAGACAUAGUUGAGUUGUGUUUGAGGCUUUCAUAUAUGAUUGCCUGAUGCAAGACACAGAAGUAUAAUCUGAAGAUGGUUUCUGCUGGAAGAGGUCACAAAUUGGCCAAGAUUAAUGCUUUCAGAGUCACAUCUGCUUGAGCAGUUUCUCUGAUGCCUUCUACAGGAUUGUUGAACAUGUUAAGUCACAGGAAGAUUUGAUGAGAUCUACAGAACAUCGACAUCGUGGUUAAAGGAUAUUUUUUCUCUAUCAUGUGAAUAAAAGCUGACAUUUCUGCAGUGGGUAUUCAAGCCAUGGAAGGAUUAGGAACUCCUGAGAUUGCCUUGUGACGUUGGAUUUAUUGGUGGCUGAUUUGCCCUCAGAAAAAUAUCUGAGAAUAUCAAACGAAUUUGGAUCAAGCUCAACGUGGAGUCACGAUGAAAAUUCCACCCACACAUUCUCUGUGUCCUGUGCUGCUCUGCCUUGGCUUUAUCUUUUUCACAAGGUCUGUUCAGAACUCUAUUAAGGUGGAAAGAAAUCAAAGCAAGCACUUAGAGGGAGAAGGACAGGUCCAUCAUCGGCCCAAACGUGGUUGGGUCUGGAACCAAUUCUUUGUUUUAGAAGAACACAUAGGACCAGAAGCUCAGUACGUGGGCAAGCUUCACUCGAAUGCAGAUAAAGGGGAUGGAUCCGUCAAGUACAUCCUUUCAGGGGAAGGAGCUGGUACCAUAUUUGUUAUUGAUGACAGCACGGGAGAUAUUCAUGCGACUAAAAGUUUGGAUCGUGAACAGAGGAUACACUACAUUCUUCAUGCUCAGGCUUUGGACAGAAAGACCAACAAGCCCCUUGAACCCGAAUCAGAGUUCAUCAUCAAGGUGCAGGAUAUAAAUGAUAAUGCUCCUGCCUUUCUGGAAGGACCUUACUCUGCCUCUGUCCCAGAAAUGUCUGAAGUUGGGACUUCUGUGCUUCAGAUAACAGCCACAGACGCUGAUGAUCCGACAUAUGGAAACAGUGCCAGGGUGGUGUACAGUAUCCUGCAGGGACAGCCAUACUUUUCCGUGGAUCCUAACACAGGAAUCAUCAGAACAGCCUUACCGAAUAUGGAUAGAGAAGCAAGAGAACAAUAUUCGGUCGUCAUUCAAGCUAAAGAUAUGGCUGGGCAGAUCGGAGGGCUGUCGGGCUCUACAACUAUUAAUAUAACUCUAACUGAUGCCAAUGACAAUCCCCCCAAGUUCCCACAAAAACACUACCAGUUGUAUGUGCCUGAGUCUGCCACUGUGGAUACAGCUGUUGGUAAGAUCAAAGCAACAGAUGCUGACAUUGGAGUGAAUGCAGACAUGAAUUACAAUAUCAUUGAUGGAGACGGUUUAGGCAUUUUCACCAUUUCCACAGACAAAGACACCAGGGAAGGAGUUAUUAUUCUGAAGAAGCCACUCAAUUAUGAAAAGAAAAAGGUGUUUUCUGUAAAAAUUGAAGGAGAAAACACACACAUUGAUCCUCGUUUCUGGAAUCUGGGCCCAUUCAAAGACACUACAACUCUGAAGAUUAUCGUUGGUGACGUAGAUGAGCCUCCUGUGUUCUCAUUAUCCUCUUACACGAUGGAUGUUACUGAAAACUCCAAACCAGGAACCCUGGUGGGAGCAGUUACAGCAGAAGAUCCCGACAGUGCCAAAAACCUAAUCAGAUACUUUAUUCAACAUGAUGAAGAAGCUGAGAGCUAUUUUAACAUUGAUGCGAACAGUGGGAUUAUUAAAACCAUGAAGAUACUUGAUAGAGAAGAGACGCCUUGGCUUAACAUCACAGUCAUUGCAUCAGAGCUUGAUAACCCUUCUCAGCUGACUGAAGUUCCAGUUGCCAUUCACGUUCUUGAUGUAAAUGAUAAUAUACCGGAACUUGCUGAAGAUUAUGACACAAUCCUUUGUGAGAAUGCUAAACCUGGUCAGAUGAUUCAGACUGUACAUGCUCUGGACAAGGAUGAUUUCGCCAAUGGACCAGGAUUUUCCUUUUCCUUAGUACAGGAACUUCCACCAAAUCCGAAUUUUACACUGCACGAUAAUGAAGACAGUACAGCUAGUAUUCUGAUACGACGAAGAAAAUUCAGCAGACAUCUCCAACAGGUCUACCAACUUCCAAUUGUGGUUUCUGACAGUGGAAAUCCCAUUCUGAGCAGCACUGGUACUCUCACGAUCAGAGUGUGCGCCUGUGAGAGAAAUGGCAAGGUUCGAACAUGCAGUGCUGAAGCAUAUCUUUCUGCGGCUGGUUUGAGCACUGGGGCAUUAAUAGCUAUUUUACUGUGCAUUGUCAUCCUACUGGCAAUAAUCGUUCUGUUCAUCACGCUGAAGAGGAGUAAAAAAGAGCCUCUCAUCAUUUCAGAGGAAGAUAUCCGAGAGAACGUGGUGACCUAUGAUGAUGAGGGAGGAGGAGAGGAGGACACAGAGGCAUUUGACAUCUCGGCUCUGAGGAACCCCGCUGUUGCUGAGGAAGUACGAUAUCGGCGAGACGUUAGACCAGAUGUUCAAUCUGUGCCCAGACAGAGACCCCCAUCAGCCCCCAACGGGCCUGAUAUUCAUGAGUUUAUUACCGAAAAACUGCAGGAAGCUGAUCUGGAUCAAAGUGUUCCUCCCUAUGACUCUCUGCAAACAUAUGCAUACGAAGGUCAUGGCUCCAUAGCUGGAUCAAUAAGUUCACUGGAUUCAGUCACAACACACUCAGAACAGGACUAUACUUAUAUUGGAGACUGGGGACCUCAGUUCAAAAAACUGUCAGAACUAUAUGGAGUAGACAAGUCAGAAAGAACCAAUUAAUUUUCAUUCCUAUAGUAAAACACCUGUAUGUAAAACAAAGAAAACAUCCAAUUUUCAUUUCUCCAGCUACAAUUGGUCCACAAUUUUACUGUAGCAGCAAGUGCCCUUUUAAUAUUUUGAAAGAUGGGUUCGACAAACAAAUGAAAAGAACACAUUUUGAAAAUAUAAAAAAUAAACAAAAUAUUUUCCCUGGUGUAUAUUUUUUAUUGUUUAAUAAAGUUCAUUGUUCCACAAUAAAAUAUACUGUGCAAUA